AUGCCGAUAUCGUCGCGUUUUGUGGGCGUCGAGAUCGAUGAGCAGGAAUGCGAUGACGUUCUCCAGUCUAGCUCCGACAAGAAACUCGUCUAUUCUCAAAAAGGGGUGUGCCUCGGAUUCGUGAAGAGAGGAAGCACUUUAACAGGAGAUAGGGCUCAUCUCAACCUCAUCGAUUGGAGGAGCGCCACGAAUCGGAGGGUGGUCGAGUCGUCUUUCGCGGCAGAGACCUGUGGAGCCCUGAUGGGUCAUAAUAUGGUUCGGUUCGCUCAAGUUCUUAUCUCAGAGAUUCUUUAUGGAUCAGAAGUUAUCUCUGCGAUCGAGGAUGACGGCUGGCAAGAUUUGUGUCCUGUCACAUUGAUCACGGAUUGUAAGAGAAUCUACGACACGGUUCAUAAGGAUGGUCAGCAUGUCAGUGAGAAAUGUGCACGCCGUGCUUCUGCGACAACUUUUGUCUACCACAGAGAGCGGUCGGACGAGCUGCACAUGGUGGACUCAAGGAGCCUUUCCGCUUGGAAGGGCAGCAGCUUCACCGACCUCUUUGACUUCAAUUUGGCUUUGAGGGAUGGCCGCGCGACAUUUCACAGGAAGCUGUCGCUUCUGUUGCGGGAUGUCGAGAUGACCAAGGCUGUCGUCAGGCAGGCCAAGGAAAGAAAAAAGGAGCAGCGAGCUUCCAAAGUGAAGAAGGAGCAUCAAGCAAUAAAUGUUCUGCCGAGGAAACUGAAUCGAACAAUGUAG